AGGGUAUAAAUUCACGAUACCAGCAGCUAAAAAAUCACUCGACAUCCCAGAGAUCAACCAUGAAGUUCCUCGUAAUUGCAGCCCUCCUGGGCUUGGCAGCUGCCUUUGAUGAUGAUGACAAGAUUGUCGGAGGUUACGCCUGCACCAAGAACUCCGUCCCUUACCAGGCCUCUCUGAACUCCGGAUAUCACUUCUGUGGAGGGACCCUGGUGAACGCCCAGUGGGUGGUCUCCGCUGCUCACUGCUACAAAUCGAGCAUUCAGGUCAGACUGGGAGAACAUAACAUUGCCCUGAACGAGGGCACCGAGCAGUUCAUCAACUCUGCCAGGGUGCUCAGACAUGGAAGCUACAACUCCAGAACUCUGGACAACGACAUCAUGUUGAUCAAGCUCGCCUCUCCCGCCACCCUCAACUCCUACGUCAAGGCCGCACCUCUGGCCUCUGGCUGUGCCGCUGCCGGCACCAGCUGUCUGAUCUCUGGAUGGGGAAACACUCUAAGCAGCGGAUCUAAUUAUCCAGAUCAACUGCAGUGUCUCAAUGCCCCAAUUCUGUCAGAUAGCCAAUGCCAAAGCUCUUACCCCGGAGAAAUCACCAAAAAUAUGUUCUGUGCUGGCUAUCUGGCUGGUGGAAAGGACUCCUGCCAGGGUGACUCCGGUGGCCCCGUGGUGUGUAAUGGACAGCUCCAGGGUAUCGUCUCCUGGGGAUACGGUUGUGCUCAGAAGAACUACCCCGGUGUCUACACCAGGGUCUGCAACUACAACUCCUGGAUCGCCAGCACUGUGGCUGCCAACUAAACCUUUAUCCAGAAGGAUCCUUUCUAAUAAUCUCAGAAACAAAUUGGAAUUACUAUCUGUAUCAAUAAAUAAACUAACACUAAUGGCCUAAAAA